AAGCAGAAACAUGGUGGAGUGGAUAGACAAGUGUUGGUACUUGGCUGACAGCAAUGGCGUCGACAGCCCUGCUAAUUUCUCCUCCCUCCUCUGCUUCUUUAUCGAGCACCAGAAACUCUUUCCACUUCUUCUACUCUGCUUCGAUUCAACCUUCCAAAUCCAAAUUUAAAAGCUUCAAAAUCAGAGCCGUUAAAGAGGAAACAGAAGAAAUUAAGAACCAGUCUUCUGCUUCAGCUGAGGAAGUUACAAAGAAGUAUGGGCUCGAGGCCGGUCUUUGGAAGAUAUUCAGCUCAAAGGAUGAAGGGACAGAAGAAGGUGCGAAAAAGAAAUCCAAAGGGGAUGAGGCAAAGGAGCUUUUAGCAAAAUAUGGGGGGGCGUAUCUCGCAACAUCAAUUACACUCUCGUUGAUCUCCUUCUCGCUCUGUUACGUGCUAAUUAGUGCCGGGGUUGAUGUUCAAGCUUUGCUGCUAAAGGUCGGAAUCUCAGCGAAUGAGACCGGGGAGAAAGUUGGAACCUUUGCUUUGGCGUACGCAGCACACAAGGCUGCAUCUCCAAUCCGAUUUCCUCCAACCGUUGCUCUCACACCCAUAGUUGCAAGUUGGAUAGGAAAGAAAGUCGACAAGGAAAAUUAAUUUGAUUCUUGAGGAUUUGUAAUAAGAACAGGUUUUAAAUGGCUUCGCCUUCUUUCUACCACAUCGAAACCAUUGAAAAAAAUGCCAUCGAGCUUUUUCUUGCAAGUUUUGUAGGUUAAAACUCAUGCUAACAAGUCUAGUGUUCUUAAGGCCAUUAGGCUUAAACUUUGUUUGCUUACUUCACAGUUUAAAAUAUAUUAGAACAUGAAAUCUUUUACAAAGUGGUAUUAGAAAUAAAAUUUUGAUUGAAUUA